AUGGCGGCGGCUGGAGAUUGGUUAAGGUUAACAACAUCAAAUUAUUCGUACUCGAGAAGGAAAGUGAUUAUUAUAAGGAAUAAUAAUUGGUCCGAUGACGUUCCCCCUGAGAUUCUGAGCCUAAUACUAUCCCAAUUGUUGUUCAAGGAUCGCGUGAAUUUCAAACUCGUCUGCCGGUCGUGGAGUUCCGUCGUCCCGAACGCGCCACCACUUGCUCCGCCGGCCAACUCCCCUCAUCUCCACUCGCCGUGCCUAAUAAUCCCCCAGUCGGUCCACAACGCCUUUUACUAUUUAGACAUAUUCCACUCGGUCCACAACGCCUUUUACUAUUUAGACGUCCCUCCCGAAUUCAAACACGCCGAAAUCAUGUUUUCCAAAGACGGUUGGCUCCUUCUCCUCAUGUCCAAUACUACUCCUCAUCAUCAUCUGAUAUUCUUCAACCCACUGACGAGGCAGACAUUCGAACUCCCCCCGACUCAAAUACCUAUCCACUCUGUCUGCUUCACGUCCAGGCCACCCGGAGAAGACUGUUCCGUUUUCGGGUUCUUUGGCGGAUACAACUGCCCGACCAUGUAUGGACUCAUUCGGUUUGGUGACUUGCAAUGGGAGAUCGGCCUUUCUUCCAACAUAUUCCUAAAAAGCUGCCCCCCAUUUUGCCACGGUGGGGCUUACCACUACCUCGAUUCCUGUACGAGGGACUUGGUCAAGUUCGACCCAAGGACUGCUCGGUGGAGGAUGCUCAAGCGUGAUGGAGUCAAAGAAGAGGAGGAGUUGGAGGAUGAAGAUGAUUAUGAACGGGACCAUGAAAUCUACCUUUGCCAAGACCAAGGGGAGAUAUGGGCCGUGUUUGUGUCCGAUGCCGAGAGGAAAGUGAGCGUGAGGAGAUGGGAUUUCGAGGGGUCGAUUUGGAGGAGGGUCGAGAGUUUGGGGGGCAAGUGCAUGUACAUUAGUAGGAACGGCUCGUUUUUCGAGACGUGCCGUGGGUUGGAGAACAAGAUUUACUUGAACAAGUUUUUUGGGGAGAGCGGUGUGUUGUACUCUAUGGCUACGGGGAUGUACCACUCCAUUGUGGGGGGGGGUUGCCAGCCGGGAUGGAAACUGAAUAAUAAUUGGUCCGACAUUCCCCCUGAGAUUCUGAGCCUAAUACUAUCCAAAUUGUUCUUCAAGGACCGCCAGAAUUUCAAAUUCGUUUGCCGGUCGUGGAGCUGGGUCGUCCCGAACGCGCCACAACUUCCACCGCCCGCGGAUUCUGCUCAUCUCGACUCGCCGUGCCUAAUAAUCCCCCAGUUGAGCACUCCCAGCCGUUGGAAAAUAUUCCACUCUCUCCACAACGCUUUUUACUACUUGGACGUCCCUCCCGACAUUCAACACGCCGACAUCAAGUAUUCGAAAGACGGUUGGCUCCUUAUGUCUGCCCGCUCCGACUCUUCCCUAAUGUUUUUCUUCAAUCCCCUGACGUGGGAGAGAUUCGAGCUCCCCCGCACUCGCAAACCUUUCGACUCCGUCUGCUUCACGUCCCCACCAACUUCCGACUGCUGCUUCGUUUUUGGGAUCUUCAGGUGGAACAGAUUCGGGCUCAUUCGGUUCGGGGAGAUGCGGUGGAAUAUAGGCCCUUUCGGCAGGGAAUAUAUUGAAUCCAAGGACUGCCCCCCGCUUUUCCACAGUGGGGUCUACCACUUCCUGAGUCAUGAUUCUCCUCGCUGGAGGGACUUGGUGACAUUCGACCCAACAAGAAUGGGCCGUCCUCAGUGGGUGCCCAGGCCCAAGGAUAAGGAGGAGGAGGAGGAGGAGGAGGAGGAGGAGGAGGAGGAGGAGGGUUAUCAAUGGAAAAAUGAAAUAUACCUUGCAGAAGCCCAAGGUGAGAUAUUGGCCGUGUUUGUCUCGGAUGUGAAGAAGAAAGUGAGCGUGAGGAGAUGGGAUUUUGGGGGGUUGCGUUGGAGGAGGGUCAAGAGUUUGGGGGACAAGUGCAUGUACGUGAGCAUCAACGGCUCGUUUGUUGCCGAGACUCCAUGCCAUGGGUUGGAGAACACGAUUUACUUCAACAAGUUUUACAGGGAUAGCGGUGUGUUGUACUCUAUGACCACGGGGAUGUACCACUCUAUUGAAGGAGGGUUUGCAAGCCGGGAUGGUUACGGGCUCAAAUCUAUGACUUACGCUACUUGGAUUAAGCUGAGCAAAUCAUGA